GGGUGUACACAGUUCUGGUAUCAGGAUAGCAGUUGGAUCGUGGCCGCGACGUAGAAAGGAUUGGUGUGCAGUCGCGCAUGAGAACACUCGUUAAACCGGCCUGAAAUGACGUAGCCAGUGGAUCCCAGACCAGCCCAGGCCAGUGCGCGUUAAAUCAGUGUUGCUCAUCGUCGGCGAUCGCCGGACUAAAUAGCCUAUAGCGGUUCACGCUGAUCGCUUAUCACUCCUAUUAGCGGAACCGCAUAAAUCGUGGCACACACGACGAGCAGGAGCGCGAGCGUGUCAAUUGGUACGAGGGCGCCGGCUAACGAUGGUCGUCAAAAUCUACAUAUCGGGUAUCAGCGGCAACAAGGAAGUAAAAAAGAGGCAACAGCGCGUUUUAAUGAUAUUAGAUAGUAAAAAUGUAGAGUAUGAAACCAUUGAUAUAACAGAACCAGGAAAAGAAUUGGACAAGGAGUUUAUGCAAACCAAUGGUAUCGCAAGGGAGAGCAAGUAUCCAUUACCUCCACAAAUAUUUAAUGAAGAGGAAUAUUGUGGGGAUUAUGAAGAUUUCGAUUUGGCAAAUGAGAUGGAUGAAUUGGAAGAGUUUUUGAAAGUGGCUCCUCCUGCUAGUGCAACAGACACUAUUCGAGAUUCAAAUCAAAGUAAGAACAUCCAAGAAAAUGGAAAUACUACAAGUAGAGAGCCUUCCACAGACAAGGAUGCAGUUGCAGUGCAAGAGGAAAGUCUAGAGGAAAGGACAGCUCUGCCAAAUAAAAGUCCAGAGUCAGAUGAAUCAAAACCUGUAGAGCAUGAUGGGGGGACACAUACCACGGCAGAUGAAGACAUAGAACAUCCGGAAGAGAGUAUUGAAAAGAAUGUAGAAAAAUCCGAUGAUCAAGAGAAAGAAGAGUAGGUGGGAAGUAAGCCCAUUUGAUAGUGGGGUAUUUUAUAUUUCUUUGACAUCCUUGAUUCUCCAUGAGUAAGGGUAUUUUAUAAAAGCUAUAUUUAUCACAUUUCUAAGGCUGAGUGAAAGUACUGCCAAGAUAAUAUUUCUGUGCUGCAGAAGACACAUUGAAUGAACAGUAUAAAUGAAGUAUAAGUGACACUUUUAUAGAACAAUUUUGUAUUGCAAUUGAGUAUGUUUUCACCAACAGAUUUUUGA